UUUGUUUUGUGUGGCUGUCAAUGUUUACAAUUGGGAAUUUAUCAAUUUAUUUUUUAAUAACCUGGGAAAAUGCUCCAAAAUGUGUGCCGCGUGUGUGCCAGCAGCACGGAUAGCUCGAAUUCGAUGAAACUAUUCAACAAUGGUGCUCGAAAGGUCCUGCAACAAAUCAAUUUACUCACCGGCGUUCUGCUGCAAUGUGAGCCCCACUUGCCCGACUGGAUGUGUGAAGCCUGCCAAUCGGAUCUGCAGGGCGCCAUAUCCUUCCGAGAUCGCUGCCUGAGCAGCCAGAAGAUCUUCGCGGAAUCGGUGGCCAGGAGCGGAGAAGCCACAUCCCGCUCCUCACUUCGUCGCAGUGCCCGCUCCCAAAGAGGAGCUACUCGCCAUGAGGAGCCCGCCUCGAAUAGCCCACCCAGUCCCCUGGAGAUCAUGAUCAAGCUGGAGAGCCUGAGCAAUGGGGACGAGGAAGACGAUGGCAUCGAUCACCUGGACUCCUGCAAUGAGGCCGACAUGGAGUUGGCCAUCAAAGAGAUGUCCUCCUCCACCGAGGACGAUGGGCCCGCCUCACCGGUUCGGGUGAAGAGAACGAUGCGUCGGGGACUUAAGAAAUCCGGGAAAAGUGAAAAGCGCCCCAAGGUUUCGCUACCCGUUUUCUUUUGCGAUCAGUGUGGCAACAACAUUACGGGAAAGUCCUCCUUCGAUCGUCAUCUGCGCAAGCACAGCGGCAUUAGACCCUUUCAGUGCGAGCUGUGCCCCGCCCGCUUCCUUUCCUCCGGCGAGCUGAAGGGACACCAGGUGAUGCACACCGGGGAUCGCAAGUUCCAGUGCCGCUACUGCGAACGCACCUACGUCAACUACAGCGGUCGCCUGCGGCACGAGCGGACCCACACGAAUGAUCGACCCUUUGUUUGUGCCCAGUGCGGCAAGAGUUUCACCAACUCGUACAUCCUCAAGAACCACAUGCUCAUCCAUACGGGCGAGCGUCUGUUCAGGUGUGAGCUGUGCCAUCGGUCCUUUGCGCGACCCACCCACUUGAAGACCCACUACCGCUCGAAUACACACAAGCACAACGUGGAGAAGGCGAAGACGGAGUCGGGGGAAAUUCAACUGCCACAGACGGAAAAGCAGCCGCAAGCGGAAGCUGUUGGCUUUACGAUAGAAGUGCCUAUGCCCGCGGAGCAGGAGCAGGAUGAGUCAUUGGAUCUUGCGGCUCUGGGAACAUCCUCUCUAAUGUAUAGUACAAAUUAG